AUGAUGGCGAAAGCUCAGACCCACGAUGGCGACCUUAAUGAAAAGAGUCGCUUCGACCACCACAAAAACGCUGGGGCCAUGGCAGCAAAGAAGACUGUUCACCCCGAGGCGGCGUCCCUGUUCGCCACGUGCUCGUGGCUGCGACGGGUGCCGAUCUUUGGUGAGGCUGUCGAGGGCUACGGACCAAAGGUCAUCGUCGCGCUCGGCGGGUGCUACUUCAUGUGCAAGGGCAUCGCAGAUAGAGUCCUGACAGGCCAGACGUACGCCAUGAUGAUUGAUCGCUACGGCAUCGACGUUGCCCGCUAUCAGCGCCUGUCUCCGAUUUCGUCAAUGGGCUGGUCCAUCAAGGCCUUCACCGCGAUGCUCUGCGACGGCUUCGCCUUCCUCGGCUACACGAAGCGCUGGUACAUGUUCGUGUCCUGCGUCGCCGGCGGUGCCUUCGCGCUGAUCUACGGCCUCCUUCCGGCAAAAGAGUCGUCGGCCGAUGUAGCAGCCGCCCUCAUCUUCCUGUCGAGCUGGGGCAAGGCCAACGUGGACAUCCUGUCGGAGGGCCACUACAGUCGCCUGAUGCGCCAGAACCCGCAGCCCGGCCCGGCGAUGGUGAGCUGGAUUUGGUUCUGGAUCAUGACAGGCGCCCUGGUGGCAACCAUCAUGAACGGCCCGCUGGCGGAUGCCGGCAAGCCGCAGAUCAGCAUCUUCGUGUCCGCCGCCCUGCAGAUGGCCACCUGUGUGGUCUACGUGUUCAACUGGUACGGGGAGAAGAAGAACCGCGUGCUGCGCUCCGAGGACGCGCUGUACCUUCUGGAGGAGACGCGCCGGGAGCGUGCGCGCCUGGGCCUCGAGUCGGGGACCGACGGCCAGGCGGGUGUGGCCGCGAAGGGGAAGAGGAGCCCGCAGCACUCGGAUGAGGACGUGGACGCUGCCGUGCCGGACGGCCUCCACGACAGCCGCGCGCUCGUGCAGGACGACUACUACGACGAUGACAGCGAAGCGGUGGCCGACGGCGAGGUGUACUACGGCAAGCCGCCGGUGCCGUGCCUGCUCGGGCUGUUCGAGGUAAACACCGAGGUGAUCUCCAAGAACUGGAAGAUUUUCGUGUACAGCGCUGUCAUGACGUGCGCCGUCAUUGCGAUGCUGUGCGCCAACAUCCUGGCCGACACGCUGGGCCUGCUGAUGGCGUGCGUCGUCGUGUCGACCAUCUGCUGCUGCUCCUCCUUCUGGGCCCUGCCACUGGUGAUUGCCAAGGCGAACGUCUUCGGCUAUCUGCAGCAGGCUGUGUACAUCAACAUUGCGAGCCCACUUAUGGCCUUCUACCUGAACAGCAACCACUGUCCUGGCAACCUGCCCAACUUCAGCUACAGCUUCUACAACACCGUGGCUGGUGUGAUCGGCAACGUAGCUGGUCUGGCUGGUGUGACAGCCUUCAACUACAUCUUCUCGAAGCGCAGUUACCGCCUGACGUUCUGCGUGACUACGUUUGCGCAGGUCUUGGGUGGUACGACGGACAUCAUCAUGGUGAAGCGCUGGAACCUGUACAUCGGUAUCCCGGACCAUGCGAUGUACAUCUGGGGUGCGGCGGUGGUGAGCGAGGUCUGCUACAUGCUUGGCUACAUGCCGAUGGUUGUGUUGGUGUCGCGCCUGUGCCCUCGCGGCUCGGAGAGCGUCGUGUACGCCCUGAUGGCCGGCUUCGCGAGCCUCGGGCACUCUACCUCUGCAUCCCUCGGCGCCAUCCUCAUGGAGUACGCUCUGCCUGUAUUCAAGAUGCAGGAUGACGGCUCCAGGUGCAACUUUGACAACCUGCCGCUGCUGUUGUUCGUGUGCAAUGUGUGUGCGCCUCCGCUUGUGCUACCUCUGUCUCUGCUGCUACCAAAGGGGCGCAUCUGCGAUGACAUCGACAUCGACAGCAAAGUGGUGCGUAAGAAGGUGGGCGAGGAGGUGAUGGCUGGCGAAGCGGGAGAGCUUUCGUCUCCACUGCCCGCCUCGGCUGAGUGUGCCAAGGCAACUGUGGCGCAGGAUGGCCAUGUAAAGCGGAUGGAAAUCUAA